GUAACUCACGAACUGUCAGUGGUGCGUCCGCGUGUCCUCUGCACACGGUCUGUGUUUUUUGUGCGGUCGCGUUCGAUGUUUGUAUUCGCGUUUCGUGUACCGUUUGCAGUGCGUUUUUGUUUGUUUGUGACCACCGAUACAGUGUACUGCCGGCGUGGCAUUAGAGUGCAACAUAAUCCGCGGUACCUGCAUUCCACAAUGUCUGCAAAACCGCCGGUUGUUGUGAUACUCGGUUCAACCGGUACCGGCAAAACAAAGCUGUCACUCGAGCUAGCUGCCCGGUAUGGGGGCGAGGUGAUCAGUGCUGAUUCGAUGCAGGUUUACAAAGGACUAGACAUUGUAACAGCGAAAGCGACGCAAGAGGAGCAGCAACGGGUGGUGCAUCAUCUGCUGAGCGUGGUAACGCCUGAUCAAGCCUUCACCGUGACCCAUUUCCGCGAGCGAGCGUUACCGAUCAUCGAUACGCUGCUGGCGGCCAACCGGAUGCCUAUCGUCGUGGGCGGCACCAAUUACUACAUCGAGAGUAUCCUGUGGCGGGUACUGCUGGGUGAGGGUGUGAAGCGCGAACGUGUCCGGUUGCGUAGCGCCACCAUAGUGCAGGAUGUGGCCGAACCCGAUACGAAACAGCCGAAGAUGAGCGAGCCCGUGGAGACCGAACACGUACUGAAGCGCAUUCUGGAGGAGCUGCCAACGAUGGAGUCGAGCGAUACGCUUGAAUCGUACGAUUCGGCUUUACUUCAUCGUGUGCUGCAGCGUGUCGAUCCAGAAUCAGCGGAUAGAUUGCAUCCAAACAACAAGCGCAAGAUUAUCCGAGCCCUCGAAGUGUACAUGGAAUCCGAUGGACAACGGACGAUGAGUCAAGGGCUGGCCGAGCAACGAGCAGCACCAGGUUCCUGCAAUCUGGGCGGUCCCCUUCGAUAUCGGAACGUUGUCAUUAUUUGGUUACGGUGCGAUCAGGAAACCUUAAACCAUCGUUUAGAUCAACGGGUGGAUAGUAUGGUUGCGCAAGGACUACUGCCGGAGAUACGAGCAUUUUACGAAGCGUACGUCAAACCGUACAACACUUGCGAAUAUCAUCGUGGCAUUUUACAAAGCAUCGGUUUUAAGGAGUUUGUCAAGUACUUGGAUUGCAACGGUCCGGAAACGGAUCGUGCGUUGCUAGAGUAUCGUACCGCGACUCGGGAAGCGUCCAGCUCCACACCAGCAGGACUGCAGCAGCUCGAGGAUUGCCUUGAGUACCUAAAGCUGGUAACGCGCCGUUACGCCCGCCGACAGCUGCAAUGGAUCCGGAAUCGGUUUUUGUGCGAUACUGGGCGCGAAGUGCCACCGAUUUACGCACUAGACACAACGGACAUUAAGCGCUGGCAGGUGAAGGUGUCCGACAAUGCCGUUGCCAUCAUCGAUGCCGUACUUGAUGGUCGUUCUUCACCGUUUCCCUGCGUACCGAAGAUGGAAUGCAACCGCGUACGGACGCAGCAACCUGAACGCACCUUCCACUGUGAGACCUGUCAGCGGGUUUUUAUAGGCGAGCAUCAGUGGCAGAUACACAUUCGGUCGAAAAAACAUCGAAAGGUGACAAAACACAAAAGCACGGCGCGUGUGGACAAGCCUGCGGAUGCAGAAACGGAACCAAACUAGUUAAUGAUUACAGUAAUGCAGAAACAUAACGAAAAUAUGAACAAUUCGUUUGAUUAUACGAUCAAGGUUGAUCUUGUUUGACAACACCUUA